AUGAACCCACAUGAAGCUAGAAACACAACCCAGCAUCGCCGUGACCAAGAGGCCUAUGACACUUGGUAUAAGAGAGAGUGUGAGAACUUUACCAUGUUAAGCUUUACGAGGCUUCGUGCCUUGGCACUUAGGUUCACUCAAUAUGGGAUAAACUCCAAGCAUACUAUGGCUGAACACUUAAAGGCUAUGUCAGCCAUGAUAAGAGAGAUGAAAACAGCUGGUUAUGAUCUCACAGAUGAGCAGAUAAAGAUUUUUGAUGAUAUUUCCCACCAUUUAGAGCUUGAGGUAGAGCAUAGAGAAGUUAUCCGCAGCACUGCCCUGAUAGCUCAAGCUGGAAAUCGUAAAGGGUAUGUUCCCCAGCAAAAGAGACAACAAAAGAAGGGAAUGACUGAAAAUCUAAGGCCCAAAAAUGAUGGAGUCACCAAAUUCCAAAGAGGCAAGCAUGGUGGGAAGAAGGAUAAUUCCAAGUUGAAAUGCUUUAACUGUGGUAAGAAGGGACAUUUUGCUCAAGAAUGCACUGAGCCUAAAAAGGUUCGUCCUCUAAAUCGCUUUAAAACUUAUGUAUGUUCUCAUGUGUUUAUAGCUCAUUCUCUCCUUGGUUGGAUUGUAGAUACAGAAGCAACCAAGCACAUAACCUGCAAUCGUGCAGGAUAUGUAGAGUACCAUCGUUUACUAAUGGGUAGACAUUUUGUCAUGAUGGGGAACGGAGAACAGGAAGAGGUCCUAGGAGUAGGAACUUACCAACUCACAAUGCACAAUGAGCGAAAAUGGCUUCUACAUGAUGUGCUUCAUACUCCGUUCGUAUGA